AUGCCGGCUUCAACAAAACCCAAAAUGUUUUCGGAUUCAGGUUUAUCCUUUUCAGAUGUGGUCAGAGACAAGCCUGACAUUUCAUGGCAAGAGCAGAGGGACUCCGACCUUCAACGUUCUGUGAAGUUCUGGAUGGCCCUGGUGGACAGAUGGGGCGACUUGAUGCGAGCAGAGACAGUCAUUGAGGAAUGUGCUGCUUGGAUCCGAAAGAUCGUUGGUGCGAAUGUCGUCAUCGAGGUGAAGGACGAGCCUGAGACCAUCGAGGAGUCUGAGCCAGAGGAUUUGGAUUCGAGCUCAACAUCAAGUGAAGUGUCGGAUUUUGCAGAGCCAGACGUGGAGAGCCCAAAGGAGCCACACGUGUUUGGAGCCGCCAUGAGUUUGGUGGAAUCCACAGCGGCAUUCAACCAAAGAUGCGACGAGAUUGUGGAGGACGGAUCCUUGAGGACAUCCUUAGAUGUACAAGGGAUCAGGUCGCACAGUGCAAUGGCCUUCUCAAUGGGCACCCCACAAAUGACGCCCACAGAGGAACAAUUUGUUGCUCUUGCCCAGCGAAUCUUUGGAGCUGGCUAUAGUGUGGGGCAAAUGUCUGCCCUUCGGAGGCUUCACUUUGAGAGCACGACUCUGGUCAUCUCCAUGGUCAGGGAGAGAGUCACCAGUGACAGUGCAGACAAAGGAGAUGCAGCAAGGAAAAUUCCUUUGGCUGAGAAAAGGCAAAGGAAAGAGGAUCAGAUGGCGAGGUUGACCGGCAUCUCAAUGGUGGGAGAGCUGGAUCCCAGCCAUGCCCUCUUGGACCUGGCCAAUCAAAUGUUGGAGAGUGGUGCCAUAGUUUGGUUGGCCCCAUCCAAAUGCAGCAAGCGCGAUGACGAAGUUCAACAAGCGCUCAAGGACUCAAAGUCCUCCGUGCAAGUGGAGAAUGCGCAACUGAAAGUGGGACCCAGCACCGACACGGUGGAAGCAGAAUGGAACUCGGAAUUGAAAUUCCAAUGGUGCAUGAUGAGACGUGGGCUUGCCAUGGACCAAUGCAGGGUUCUCAGUUGGGGCAUUCAUCAACAGUGGGUGAACUACAUGCUCAACCUUUUGAGCAGGCCAGCAGCAGCGGCACCGAAGAGGCAAGGCAAGCGCAAAACCAGAGCUGAACGUGGGUGUGGGGACAUCGACACCCACUCACAUGCCAAAGCUUGCAGUGAGAAGCAACUUUCAGAUGUUGAAGACACGUUGCAUAACAGUUUCAUUUCAAUGGAGGAGACGCCAAAAGGCGACACUCAUGAGAAUUUUGGGGAGAUGCCAGAUGGCGAACACCCACCACAAUUCACUUGCAAGAAAGAUUUCACAGGUUUUUCGUUGGAGGACCUCUACAUCAUUGAGAUUUGUGCGGGGUCGGCCCGACUUUCAAAGAUUGCGCAUGGGCAUGGUUUCAAAACAAUGGCGGUGGACCACUCAACAGCGAGGACAUGUGGCUUUCCAAUUUGCGUUUUUGAUCUUACACAUCCCUCAGACCUGGAAUCGUUGCUGCAGUUCAUAGAUGAAGCAGCAGGUUGCAUCCUCAUGAUUUGGGUGGCGCCUCCAUGUGGCACCAGCAGUAGAGCAAGGGAGAAGAAACUGCCAAAAUUGGAAGCGGCUGGUGCAAAGGCACUCAAUGCUACAACACUCCGCAGCAUGGAUGUGAGACAGGAACCUCAGCUUGAGGCCGAGACUUGGGAAGAGACGAUUGAGGAAGUGAAGAAAGGGCGUUGCUAUGACCUGAAGUCGGCCUACAAGCAGUUCCCUGUGCAUAGCUCAGACCGUGCUUCCUUGCGCAUGGCCGUUAGAGACCCCUCGAUGGAGGUUGACCUUACGAGUUGCAAAAGGAAAGAGGUGCUCAUAGGGCAUACAGACGAACGAAAAAGCGAGUUGAAGGAAAGGAUAGAUGAGAUCCUUUCCACAGGGAAAAUGGAUUCAAAGGAGGCAGAGCGCCUCCGGGGAAGAAUGGUCUUUUUCGAAGGAUAUACCUUCGGCCGUGUAGCCAAUGCAGCGGUGAAGAAUUUGGGAAGAUCCUGCACGGGAAAAACCAGCCCCAAAGAUAUCGACAACUCCAUGCGAUACAGCUUACUGGCUUUGAGGGAUCGUGUACUCUCAGCUCCUCCAGUGCGCAUCAGCGUCGCUUUGACUGAUACCUGGUUGGUGUUUACAGAUGGUGCUUGCAAUCCGGAGCUUCGACAGGGUUCUAUAGGACUCACUUGUUCUUGCUUGGCGCCUGGCAUUGAGGUGCAAAAGGCCUUUUCUCGCUCACGUGGCUAUGCCUUCAUGGCGUUUGAUGACCAGCUGGUCAUUGCAAAGGGCGCUCAAGGGAUCCGCUGUUGA